UACUGUCGAGUUUGUGCAGUUCAUACGGAGGAUGCAACGGGUGAUUCCGAUUGGUUUGUUCUGGAUGUAAGCAGAGCCAUCUACAGGUGGCUUUGACAGAUUGCUGCGAUAGAAACAGGUCUUUGGGAGCAAACAGGUGUAUUUGAAGUUAACAAGUUUGAAUGCGGGAAGUGUUUUUAAAUGUUUGGUGGAUGCAGUGCAAUACGGCGUUAAACAGUGAAUAUCAUCAAGGAUUCGAAGUGAUAACUUGCCGGUGACAUUGAUAAGAUAAUAAAAUGACAUCUGAAGGUAAAUCUGCGCCACAAACAGCAAUGUUAACAACAGAUGCUGUCCCUAUUCCAUCGGCAGAAGUUCAGAAUGCACACGCGGAGAUGGUGCCGGUACAGAAUGAGUUGGGAGAGAAUGACACGCGUGAGUCUGAAGAAUAUGAAGAUACACAAGAGGAGCGUGUACCUAGAGGUGAUGAACAAGAAAUUGAAAGUGUAAAACUGAUAGACGAUGUUGAAGUGAGUAGUCCACAGGAAUUAUCACAAAAAGCAAAGGAAAGUGUGGAAACUCCGAUGACUAAUAAUCUGACUGAAAAAAGGAAAAAACCUUCUAGUGAUAAAAGAAUAAGGAAACAUGAUAAUUCACCAACACCAGGGCAAGCAUCGUCUGUUAUGUACAGUAUAACAAAUGUAACGGGACCAUUUCAAAUUGGCCAUAAAAUUACAAUUAAUAUGCCAUCAAAACAAGAAAAAUCUUCAAAGACAUCGCCCAGGAGGAUACCUAAGGCUGUAGAAGAUACCUUUAAGAGCACAGAGACAGUCAAAGAAGAAGAUCUGGAUACAGUGGCUCCACAUGUUGGCAGUGCGUGGAGGAGAGUUGGCAGACUGCUGAAUUUCAGUGAUGGUGAACUAGAUCAGUUCAAGAUAGAUUAUAAAACUGAAAGUGGCAUGAAAGAGGUUAUAUAUCAGAUGUUACUUGCUUGGAAAAGAGAAAUGAGUAGUAAUGCAACGCGCGGCAUUCUGUGCAGAACUUUGUGGUCUGCACAUGAGUAUGAUGCAGCAGAAAAACUAGUUCCGGACAUAAAUUGAAAGUAUCCUGCACUGUUCCAAAGGUUGAAAAGAAGAGUAUGUUUGUGAAUGAAUGUGCAAGAAGAUGAAUAUUUUUAUUGUCCACUUUUAUGUGUGGUGUAUGUGUUUGUACAGUCAACUUAAUUUUUGUACUAAACAUAGUUAAUUUGAUUUGUAUUAUAACCAAAUAUCAAAAUAAAAUAUCAAAAAUUUUUUAAA